AUGUCACAUUCCGUGUCAUCCAAAUCUUUGGAGAAUGGCCAUUACAGUACUCCGACAAGGGGAUCCCCGUCCAGUGUCAACAUGAAAAAGGCCAACGAGGAUUUAAAAAGGAGGUUGAACAAAAUGCGGUUGGAGCUAGAGUCCGAAAGAACUAGGAAUAAAAUGGUGUAUAAGGAAAAAGUGGAAGCAGUAAAAGCCGUGCGAGACCAGUUAGAGAAAGAGAAGGACAAAGCUGUUGAGGCGACUAGUAUAAAACUGCUUUCUGAAAAACAUGUGGAGUUACAAAAACUCAGGGAAAAAAUGGCACAGGAAAAAGACAGUGCAUUGAGGCAAGUAUUGCAAUACAAGGAGGAAGAGUUAAGGUUACUAAAGUUGAAAUUCCAACAGGAGAAGGAGGAUAGCGUCCGUGUUGUCCAGGAAACGACCAGGGAGCAGUUGGCCAAUCAGCUGCAAGGUGCAACUAGUGAUUUAGAGAAGAGGUUGAUGAAGGAACUAAAAUCUUUAAAAGUAGCAAAGGAAAAAGCGGAGGAACAGUACGAGAUAAAAUGUCAGAGUGAGCAGGAAAAGAUUGAGGAUAUACGUCGCUUGUGUGUGCACCAUGAAGCAGAAAAGGAACGGAUAUUAAAAGCUAAAAAAGAUGAAAUUAAAAUCGUUAACGAUCUCCAAAGUGUGCGGGAUAUGCUACGGAGAAAGGACCAGGAAAUUGAGGAGCGAGAACAACUUGCCAAAAAAAUUCAAAUUGAAAAAGAUUUACUGGAGGCAGAGCUCCAUCGGUAUAAACAAAUGGAAAAAAAUGACAAACUUAAUUAUUCGUUAACUUCCACGCCAAAACGUGCCUUACAUACGUCUGGUGAUGAAACCUACAUUGAUCCAACGGUAUGCACUAUUAUUGGAGUUGUGCGUUAA